CAGGGCUCAGUCCAGCCACAGGAGCUGGGGAAGGGCCAACUCUUGAACACCCGCUUGGAGUUGUAGAGCAGCAAGGCAAGAAAGCUGUGCCAGCCCCUCCGCCCAGAGCUGAAGGAAGAACACAACUUUUCCUUGCUGCCACUGGAGAAAGGAUGGGAUGUAAUCAUGCCAAGAAAUAAGAACUGGCACAAUGGCUCACAUCUGCAGAAGACCAGGCAAGAUCUGCACUACAGGCAAGCAAAUGUAAAGAGGGAGCUAAUGGUGGCUAAUAAACUACUAUUCAGCUCUGGCUGUGUUGACCCAGCACAAUGAUCUGGAUACUUCAAGUCUUGUUCUCACCGCUCCCAACACCAGCAUUGUUUAGCCUUGUUGUUUUUGGAGCUGCCAUCUUCCUGUGGGUGAUAAGCAGGCCGAAACCUGUUUUGCCUCCUGUUGACUUGAACAAGCAGUCAAUAGGAGUUGAGGGAGGAGCCAGAAGAGGUGCACUCUUGAGAGAUAACAACUUGCUUUCUUACUACUUUGAAGAUGCUAAAACCAUGUAUGAAGUCUUCCAAAGAGGACUGCAUGUUUCUGGAAAUGGUUCCUGUCUGGGCUACAGAAAACCCAAUCAACCUUAUCAAUGGCUAACAUAUAAACAGGUUCUUGAUAGAGCUGAAUACCUGGGAUCAGGGCUUCUGCAGAAAGGAUGUAAACAAUCAUCAAACCAGUUCAUUGGUAUUUUUGCUCAGAAUAGGCCUGAGUGGAUCAUUUCAGAGUAUGCCUGCUACACUUACUCAUUGGUUGCUGUUCCACUCUAUGACACUCUGGGGCCAGAUGCCAUUGUAUAUAUUGUUAACAAAGCUGACAUGAGCACAGUGAUCUGUGACAAGCCUGAGAAGGCACAGAUCUUGCUUGACAACUGUGAGCAAGGAAAGAUCCCAUGUUUGAAGACUGUUAUUCUCAUGGAUCUCUUUGAUAACGAGGUCAAGGACAGAGGAGCUAAACUGGGAGUUGAAAUUCUAGCACUGCAGGAAGUUGAGGAGCUGGGAAGAAACAACAUAGUAGAACCAGUUCCUCCUAAGCCUGAAGAUGUUUGCAUUGUGUGUUUCACCAGUGGAACCACAGGUAGCCCGAAAGGAGCCAUGCUGACACAUGAAAAUGUUGUUGCAGAUGCUGCUGCCUUCCUUAAAUGCACAGAGAACACAUUUGAGUGUACAAGUUCAGAUAUCUCCAUGUCCUAUCUUCCUUUGGCUCACAUGUUUGAGAGAGUUGUACAGACUGUAGUCUACAGCUGUGGAGGGAAAGUAGGCUUCUUCCAAGGAGACAUCAAGUUGCUAACAGAUGACAUGAAAACCUUGAAGCCAACACUAUUUCCAGUUGUACCAAGACUGCUCAAUAGAACAUAUGACAAGAUACAAAGUGGUGCAAAGAGCCCAGUGAAAAAAUUCCUGUUAAAUUUUGCUGUGACUAUGAAGAUGGCUGAAGUAAAGCAGGGCAUAAUUCGAAAUGACAGCAUCUGGGAUCAGCUAAUCUUCAAAAGAGUUCAGGAAACAAUGGGUGGACGAGUGCGUAUAAUGGUAACGGGUGCAGCCCCUAUAUCUCCCUCUGUCCUGACAUUUCUCAGAGCAGCAUUGGGCUGUCAGAUCUUUGAAGCUUAUGGCCAAACUGAAUGCUCAGCUGGGUGCACUUUCUCAAUGCCUGGAGACUGGACAGCAGGCCAUGUUGGAGCCCCUCUAGCUUGUAAUAUCAUAAAGCUAGAUGAUGUGGAGGAAAUGAACUACUACUCUUCCAAUAAUGAAGGCGAGGUCUGCAUUAAAGGACCAAAUGUAUUCAAGGGUUAUCUGAAAGACCCUGAGAAAACAGCAGAAGCAAUUGAUAAAGAUGGCUGGCUCCACACAGGAGAUAUAGGAAAAUGGAUGCCAAAUGGAACACUGAAGAUCAUUGACAGGAAGAAGAAUAUAUUUAAACUUGCACAAGGAGAAUAUAUUGCUCCAGAGAAGAUAGAAAACAUCUAUAUCCGAAGUGCUCCUUUAGCCCAAGUCUUUGUACACGGGGAGAGCCUGAGGUCUUCUCUAGUAGGCAUAGUGGUUCCUGAUCCUGAGACACUUCCAGAAUUUGCAGCAAAGCUGGGAAUAAAAGGUUCCUAUGAAGAUGUCUGCAAAAAUCCAGCAGUGAAGAAAGCUAUUUUAGAAGAUAUAGUCAAACUGGGGAAAGAGGCUGGCCUUAAAUCCUUUGAACAAGUUAAAGACCUGUACAUCCACACAGAGAUGUUCUCUGUAGAAAAUGGACUCUUGACACCAACACUGAAGGCAAAGCGAGCAGAGCUUGCUAAAUUCUUCCAGAACCAGAUUGAGGCCCUCUACUCAAGUAUGCAGGAAUAAGGGUCUUAUUUAAAUCAAAUUCCAUGGAGUAUCCAAACGAGUCUCUGUGCCAAUACAUCACUUACGGCAAACACAAGAAUGAAUGGAGGGGAGCAAGGAGAACUUAAGUGUAUUGCUUCUGGUAUCCUGGGAAAAAUGACCUUCAGACAAGAUGGUUAUGGUAUAAACUGACUACUGGCCAUGUCCACAUCUUGCAGGACUAAGCAGGCUUUGCCUAGACAUCUGAUGAACUUCAGUGUUUCUUGGACUGUGACUGAAGCACACUCAAAUGCUGAAGAGCCUCAGCCUUUACAAGGCAACUGUAUGCAUUUCUUACUGUUGUCAAAAAUAAAACUUACUUUCCUACUCCAAAAGACA